AUGUCUUCCACCGCCCGUCUUCUCCGUCUCAGCAUCAAGCUCUACAAGAGCGCUGCCUUUACCGACGUUCAAUGCCAUGAAUUUGCCAGAGGCUACAUCGCCAAAGCUGCGAAGAUUCACGCAAAGCAUGGAAUUACCUCGUACCAGCUGAACUACUCUCCAGCCCCGUAUCGGGGGUUUGUCGCUGAAAUGAAUAAGCGAAACAACCGUGGAUGGGUGAUUGAUGACCACGAUAUCACCGUCGAGUUCUACUAUCGCAACUUCGCCGAACUCAACAAGGUCAAUGGUGAUCCAGAAUUCCAGGCCCUGCAGGCGUCCGAAGAACCGUAUGUAAACCGUGAAAACACGGUGGUGUCUCUGGCCUGGGUCGAGAAAUACGUCGAUGAGGCCCAGGUAGUGAAUAUCGUUGAUGAAAAAUCGAGCUACGGCCCUUGGGCAGAAUUGGUGGAUUUGUCGACUGCGUUGCCGGAUGAGGUCAAGGCAGCGUGGAGCAAGGGGGGCCAACAGUAA